AUGAAGUUGGCAUCCUCACUGCAGAAGACCAGUGCACUUGAAAAGCAUUUCCACACCAAGCACCCGCUUCGACUGUUUUAUCGUGAUGUGUUGGAUGAGGUGGACGGCUGCAAGGGCUCCUUUGACCUGUCCGCCGUGUGGGCUCGACUCGCCCCAUCUGGGAACAUCUACCGCCUGAAUGCGCUCCAGGAGGUGCGCCUGAGACAUUGCGCAGAUCUUCAAGCCCAGCUGAGGGAGAUAGCAGAGGAGUUCGCGCAGACGCUGGGGGGCACACCCCAAGAGCGCUAUGACCUGCUGAUCGCGUCUCUGAAGGAAACAAAGGUGGACCUGGACGAGGCUUAUGAGAAUGCUGAGAAGGGAUGGGAGCUCGACAGCUUCAAAACAACCGGGUUCCCUCCACUUGAGGAGUUUCUUGUUGGCAACGUCCAUUCCAGCUUCUUCGUGGUCCCCACAGAGCAAGGUGCAUGGAAGGACUGGUGCACAGCGAAGCUUGUUGGCUGCAUGGUCGCUGUGGUUCAGAUACUGGGCCCAGUGAUGGUGGUACUCAGCUUGUGGCAGGACCCGACGAACUACUUGCAGCACCCCAUAGACACGCUGGAACGCAUAUCCAUCAGCAGUGUUUUCUGUGCCGAGAGAGACAUGGGCGAGUGGUGUACCAUCCUCAUGGGAGUGGUCUUCUCCUUCUUUGUGGUGGUCCAACUGUUGAACUACGCAACGGAAGAGUUGGAGGAUGCGUUCAAAUUCGGUCGACUGGCGGGCUGCUCCUCCUUCUGGGCCUUUGCAGGUGGUUAUAUCAAUGCCUGGUGUGUCAUGUGGAACAUCCUUGUGCUCCCUGUGUCAUUCUGGAAGCUGACCCACGCUUCUCAAGUGGUCUUGAAUGCAAUGACGAUUCUCUUCAUGUUCAAUCUGGACGACCUCACUGGCACCGCCGGGGCUGUUCUUGGUACCAGCGACACCCUUUUCCGACGUGGCCUGUGUUGGAAUUACGCAUUGCUUUCGCAGUGCCCUGUGGAUUUGCGAGAUGUUGUGAAUCCCAAGGCCACCUCUGCCGCCGACUUUUGGCAGCUGCGCUUGACUGCUACUGCGCUUCAGUCCACGAGGGCCUCUCGGAAUGCAGAGACCCGUGUGGCUCCCUUCGAGCAGACGCCGCUGCUGGCCAGUCAGAGUGGUCACGGUGCUCCUUCGCUGGAGCAGAUGAGGGUGAGCAUGCGCUUCACAAAGGACGGCAGCGUCUACCAUCUUCCCAGCAUGAAUUCGUCCGUCCAGGCAGGUUUGUGGCAGCUGCUGGUUUGGAUUUUGAGGUUGCUGCAGGUGCUGAUGCCAGCGUUCUACUUCAUCGUGAACAAGCCAUGCAUCCACCCAGGUGCGGCGGCUAUCCGCACGCGUUGA